UCCGGUGAGCGGGGCACGAGUGUUCAACGGCUUGCAGAGCAUCAUGCCCAAGUUUUACUGUGACUACUGCGACACGUACCUCACCCAUGACUCUCCAUCUGUGAGAAAGACUCACUGCAGUGGCAGGAAACACAAAGAGAAUGUGAAGGACUACUAUCAAAAAUGGAUAGAGGAGCAGACCCAGAGCCUGAUCGACAAGACAACUGCUGCAUUUCAACAAGGCAAGAUUCUUCCGACAACAUUCUCUGCUCCUCCUCCGGCAGGGGCAAUGAUCCCACCUCCGCCCAGUCUCCCUGGUCCUCCUCGCCCUGGGAUGAUGCCAGCACCCCAUAUGGGGGGCCCUCCCAUGAUGCCAAUGAUGGGCCCCCCUCCUCCUGGGAUGAUGCCAGUGGGACCUGCUCCUGAAAUGAGGCCGCCAAUGGGAGGCCAUAUGUCAAUGAUGCCUAGGCCUCCAAUGGUGGGACCCCCUACCCGUCCCAUGAUGGCGCCCACUCGGCCUGGAAUGACCCGACCAGACAGAUAA